GUCCUUGGAGAGGAUUGAGUGAGGUGAUGGGGUGUGUUCCAAUCGCAGUGAUGGAGCCUGAGCCUCAGACUAAACUGGGGUGAAGCCCCACCUUCUGCUCAUUCUGACAGCAUCGAUCCUGCGAUUCACACCGUUUAGUCCACAGGCUCCGCAGUAAUAACAACAUGGCUUCAGUACAAAAAAAACUAAUCACUUCUGUAACAGAGGACAAGACUGCACUUCCAACCAACAAGAUAACAAUAGUGGGGGUUGGCCAAGUUGGCAUGGCCUGUGCUACAAGUAUACUGCUGCGGGAAUUAACAGAUGAGCUGGCUCUUGUUGAUAUCUUGGCGGAUAAACUGAGGGGUGAAAUGUUGGACUUGCAACAUGGGGGUCUUUUUCUCAAAACCCCAAAGAUUGUGUCAGACACAGACUAUGCCGUAACUGCAAACUCUAGAAUCGUUGUGGUCACAGGUGGUGUGCGUCAGCAGGAAGGAGAGAGCCGUCUAAACUUGGUUCAAAGAAAUGUCAAUGUCUUCAAAUUUAUCAUUCCUCAGGUUGUGAAGUAUAGCCCUGAUGCUACUAUUGUUGUGGUUUCCAAUCCAGUGGACAUCUUAACAUAUGUCACCUGGAAAUUGAGUGGCCUUCCCCAACACCGUAUCAUUGGCAGUGGAACCAACUUAGAUUCUGCAAGAUUCCGCCACUUGAUUUCUGAAAAACUUGGAAUCCAUCCUUCCAGCUGUCAUGGCUACGUCCUAGGAGAGCACGGUGAUACCAGUGUACCUGUAUGGAGUGGAGUAACUGUUGGUGGUGUCACCCUUCAGUCCAUUUCCCCUGAAAUCGGCACUGACAAGGACUCUGAAAAAUGGAAAGAUAUUCACAAGCAAGUAGUUGACAGUGCCUAUGAAGUGAUCAAGCUAAAGGGAUAUACAAACUGGGCCAUUGGUUUCAGUGUGGCUGAUCUGGUGGAAUCCAUUGUUAAGAACCUGAGUAGAGUCCAUCCCGUUUCCACCAUGGUAAAGGGCAUGUAUGGUAUUGAGAAUGAGGUUUUCCUGAGCCUUCCCUGCGUCCUGAAUGCCAAGGGUUUGACAAGUGUGAUUAAUCAAAAACUGAAGGAUGACGAAGUUGCUCAACUACAGAAAAGUGCAGCAACUUUGUGGCUCAUCCAGAAAGAUCUUAAAGACUUGUAAACCUUUGUACAACUUUCAGUAGUAGACAUCUUUGACUUGUAUCCAACAGGCAUAUGUUAAAUAAUAUUUCUAGAAUAAUGGUUGUCAGAUUAAACUCUGUAUUACUGAU